AUGGACGAACAAAGCAUGCUGAUUUUCGUCCAAGAACAAAUAAUGAAACUUACUACAUUUGGUGGUGCUCGUGAUGAAGAUGUUAUACACUGGUUACAAGAUACUGAAUGUAUAUUUGAUCAAGUACAAUUACAAACAUCGAAUAAAUAUUUGGCUGUUCAAUCUUAUUUGACUGAUGCUCCGCUUAAAUGGUUUCGUUUUAACAAGCCGAACAUUCCUGAUUGGUCUUCAUUUAAGAUUGCUAUCGCUCAAGCUUAUCAACCAUCAUUUAAUUCAACAUUACUUAAAGAUAAACAACAACCCGCUGUCAGUCACCAUAAUUUUUCAUCAGCUAUUGAUCCAAAUAGAUCAAAUUCAAAUGAACGUCUCCCACCAUCCCCGGAAAUCGAAACAUCAACAACUCCUGAAUCAGUAAUAAAUGAUGAUCAACAUCUCACUGCUGUUGCUGUGCCUGAACCAUCAUCGCCUUAUCAAUUAGUAAAACAAAAUUUAACUGAAAAAUCAAUUUUUGAUGAUAUUCCUAACGUUUCCACCUCGACAAUUACAGAUCCUCAAUCGCGAUGUUCAUCUACAGCAGCAGCUGAUAUUACUAUUGUACAUGAAUGUGAAUUACAAAACGUAGAAAGUGAUGAAAUGAAUUCAAAUUCGUUAAAUGAUAUUCAUGUGGCUAAUGAUGAAUUUAUCUAUGUUAUUGAAUCAGUCAAAGUUAAUGCUCAAGCUACUAGUGAUAAUGCUGAUUUUGGUACAUAUGUUUUUCGUGAUCGUAUUGGUUCAAUGAUAUUCCGAAGAUUUCAGAUUAAAAAUCAUACUGUUAACGUUUCGAUCAUCGUUGCUACAUUACAGAUCGAUCAUACUCCUAAUUCGACACAUAUACGUCUACGUGAAGAAGAAAAAGAAGAAAGAAAAACAAAAGUAAACUAA